UACUUCCCAGUACUCCUGGGCUCGCCUGCCCUCAGGAGCUCUCCUCCCUUUGGAAAACUUCCAGCCCAGACUCCACCUCUGCUCCUCCCCUGCCCUGCUCACCUUUAAUUGAGAUGCUAAUGAGCCUUCUGUUGCUUCCAUCCCUGGCUGGCGGGAGGGCUCCCUGUCCUGGCUGCUGCACCUGUCAGGUGAGGGGGAGGAGAGGCUUGGCUACCAGAUUCAACUGGAAAGGAACCGUCCCGGCCCAGCCGCGACCUGGGAGUAGGGAGCGGGAUGCGGCCCAGAUCUCCUGGAUCCCCGGUAGAGAGGGAGUCAGGACACAGCUCAAGGACAGGGCCAGAAACAGGAGAGGGCCUAGACUGAGAGGGGGAAGAGGAAGAGAGGCAGAACCAGAGAGCCUGGCGCAGGAGAGGAGGCAAGAGCACCAGGGAAGGGGCCUGAAGAGGGGCAGAAGGCAGACGGACAGAGGGAGUGACAGGCAGCUCAGACGCAGAGGUCCUGGAGGAGGAAGAGCAAAGCCGGAGACUGAGUGCUCUGCAGACAGAAAGGGAGGUGCUGGGACGGAAACCAAAAGGUGGCCUCAUCAGGGAAGUGCAGGCCACUCCAGAGAAGCCCAGCUCCAGCCUCUGGCAGUGCUCAUGAAGGGGGACAAGCGCGAGGAGCAGGGGCUGGGCCCCGAACCUGCGGCCCCCCAGCAGCCCACGGCAGAGGAGGAGGCCCUGGUCGAGUUCCACCGCUCCUACCGGGAGCUCUUCCAGUUCUUCUGCAGCAACACCACCAUCCACGGCGCCAUCCGCCUGGUGUGCUCCCAGCACAACCGCAUGAAGACGGCCUUCUGGGCCGUGCUCUGGCUCUGCACCUUCGGCAUGAUGUACUGGCAGUUCGGCCUGCUGUUCGGAGAGUACUUCAGCUACCCCGUCAGCCUCAACAUCAACCUCAACUCGGACAAGCUUGUCUUCCCCGCUGUCACCGUCUGCACCCUCAACCCCUACAGUUUUGGAGGUUGGGAAGUCCAAAGUCCAGGGUCAUACCUGGUGAGGACCUUCCUGUUGGUGGGGAUGCUCUACAGAGUCCAGUGGCGAUGCAGGGUAUCACAUAGCAAGAGCUGA